ACCUCCCGCUGAAUCCGGUGUGCUCCUUCAGCAUCGAAGCCUGAGCGUCAGACAAAGAAGGGCGCCGUGGGGGAUAGCCUGGGCUUAAAUCCAUGUGUCGGAAUGAGAGCAGAGCCCGUGUGAUGAUUUCAAUACGGUGGCGUUACUGGCCGUUUGAUAUGACGGGGAUAUUAUGUUACGGUUAAUUGAAGACAAUCAUCUAAAGAACAGCUGACGGUUGAGGCGGCGGACGUGAGUAAAAAGUACCACAACUUCACUGGAAGUACCCGAAGCCCGUUAAAGCCGCCUCACGGCGCUGAACGGAGCACCGAGAGGCGGGGAGCCUCCAGCCUCCAGCUGGGAGCUCCGCUGUCAGUUGACUGUUUUAUUUUUUUUGAGGCCAGCCAAUUACAGGUCUGGAGAGCCAAGGUAGCAGGCACUGCCAGGCGCCUCCUCGAGGGGCAGGAAGCAGGGGUCUGUGUACUUCUCACUUUCACUUAUCGCAUGAAUCAGACCCCCUGUGGUGUGGCCCAUCCAAACAGUGGAUCUGAUCCGGACACGUGAUACCGGGCUGCUCCGGAGAGCUUGGCUCUCGGCAUGACGACCAUCAGAGGAAGCAAGGCCUUAAAGGUGAAGCGGGAGCCGGGGGAGAACGGCGUCCCCCUGACGGACGACGAGCUGGUGAGCAUGUCGGUGCGGGAGCUGAACCAGCACCUGCGCGGCCUCACCAAGGAGGAGAUCCUGCAGCUGAAGCAGCGGCGCCGCACGCUGAAGAACCGCGGCUACGCGGCGUCCUGCCGCGUGAAGCGCGUCACGCAGAGGGAGGAGCUGGAGCGCCAGCGGGCGCGGCUGCAGGCCGAGGUGGACCAGCUGGCCGCCGACAACGCCGGCAUGCGGGCCGAGCUGGACGCGCUCAGGGCCAAGUACGAGGCCCUGCAGAGCUUCGCCCGGACCGCGGCCCCCCGGACCCCCGCCCUGGGGGUGGGGGUCCGGGGCGGGGCCGGGGGCGGGGCCGGGGGCGGGGGCGGGGCCGGGGGCGGGGCCGGGGGCGGGGGGGGCGUGCCCUCUGCCUUCAGGGGCCCGCUCAUACCGGGAAAGGCGGCCACGGCAACCAGCGUGAUCACCAUCGUGAAGACAAAGACUGAGGCCCGGUCCUGA